AUGUCGGUGCCAUCCUCAAUGGUGCACCGAUCCGUGAACGGCCUGGUGGUACGCAGCCUAUUCGACCCUCCACCGCUGCAAUCAUCUCCGCAGCAUCUUGCCAGCACAUCUGCCGGAGUGUGUGACGUGGAAAGCGUCGCGACGACCACGUCCGACGGCGAUGCCGACGAGGACGACGCCGCGGCAGCGUCGCCAGCCGCCGGGCUGCCCGACUGCAAAGUCAAGAGGAACUACACGUGCAGCGCCUGUGACUUCUUCACGCAGAACCCCAGACAGUACCUCUACCAUCUACGCGACAGCCACAAUGAGAAGGUGAAGAUCUACGAGUGUCCUAGUUGCUUGUAUGCCAGCAGACACUUCCAGAAGCUGCUCAGGCACAACAAGAUGGUCCACGGGUCCAGCGAGGCUCUGGAGAAAGCGCGAAGGAGACCACCUCAACAGGACAUGGAGCAACCCGAAGACUCAGAAGAUGGCGGCGAGGACCAUCCCAUGGACCCCAACGCCCCAUCGCCGGCAGUAUUCAAAUGUUCCGUAUGCGACUUCACCACCAAAUAUCAAGCCACCUUGGCCAAGCACGAGAGCGAACAGCACUUCAAAACCAAGUUCUUCAGGUGCGGCAAAUGCACAUACGUCACGCAUAUCAAAGCACGGUACACCAAACACGUGAAGUACCAUUCCAUGCCUAUGAUCAAGUGCGACAUCAAAGUUUGA